CUUACUAAAACUAAACUAAGCUAAUUGUGUUGAAAGUGCCGUAAAACUCUUGCAAAAACUAAAGAUAAGUUAAUAUCAAGCAUCCAAACUGUCCACUAAUCCUGGCUGGCCUUGUGUAUGUGUUGUUGCCACAGGCGACCAGGUACUAGGCCAAUGAUGGCCGAGGAGCCGAUGCUCGGCCUCUUUGACGGAGAGACGAACUUCCUGGAUGAGCUGGCCAGCACGGGCUCGUCGGAGCUGGGCCCUUCCAUCGCCGGCGCCGGGAUGAUGCCGCAGCACAUGCAGCCUGGGCAAGCCCCUCAAGGCAUGAUGAUGGGAGGCCCAGCAGUGCCAGCGACCAGUCUGGCCGGCUCUUACCAGGUCGGGAUGGGACAGGACGGGGCUCCCUACCCCACCAUUCAGGCCUCGCAGGCCGCCAUGCAUUCCCAUGCCUCCCAGCCCGGCAUGAUGGGGCAAGCAGCGCAACAGUCGAUGAUGGGUCAGGGGUCGCAGCAGUCGAUGAUGGGUCAGGGGUCGCAACAGUCCAUGAUGGUUCAAGGGUCGCAGCAAUCCAUGAUGGCUCAAGGGUCGCAACAGUCGAUGAUGGGUCAGGGGUCGCAGCAAUCUAUGAUGGGUCAAACGUCCCAGGCGGGGAUGAUGGGCCCCGGCUCUCAGGGAGGUAUGAUGGGCCACCAGCAGUACGGAGCGGACCAAUACAGCCAGUACCAGGCCAGCCCCAUGUCCAAGAUGACCCACGGUCAGGGCAUGAUGAUGGGUGCACAGCAGGGACCCUUCAGCCCCUCCAUCAACACGGGGAUGAUGCAACAGCAGCAACAGCAGCAGCAGCAGCAACAACAGCAGCAGCCGGUUCAGCCAGCGCAGCAGCAGGGUGGCUACCCCGGCUACGGGAUGACACCGACCCACGGCGGCCAUUCGCAGCAGCCCAUGUCCCAGAUGGGGCCCAUGAUGUCGCCCAACUCCAGCUGGAACCAGAACCAGACGAGCCCCACGCAGCAGCAGACGCCGGCCAUGGCUCAGUACAUGUCCCCGGCGGGACCCCAGGGACAGAUGUCUCCCUACAUGAACCAGGGCUACCGGCCUCAGCAGAUGUCUCAGAUGAAUCAGUACAACCCGACAAACAAGAUGGCAGCACCUACCUCGCCUUUUCUGCGCUCCCCCAACCCGAUGCAAGCGGGCAUGCCCAGCCCCCCGGCCUCCAUGAACAUGAUGGGCCAGAUGCAGGUUCAUGGUAGCCACGGCAACAUGGCCUACUCCUCGCACCAGGUCCCCGCCUCCUCCCAGCACAGUGCAGCCAUGAUGCAGGCCGGCUAUAGUUCCUCCAUGGGGCAGGCCAUGCCCGCUGCGGUCACCUCCCAGUUCCCCGGGGACAUGAUGACUAGUCACGGCUCCAACCAGAUGAGCUCGGGGACCAUGGGCCAGCACUAUGCGGGGUACCCCGGCGGUCCCCAGCAGGCUAUGUCUGGGGACGGCGCGGGGGCGGGCGUGAGACCGACGCCCCCUCACCACUUCCAGACCAGCCAGAGCCCGACCAACGCCUACUGCCCCCCCUACCCCAGCAUGGCCCAGCCGCGGCCCAGCAGCAGCACCCCUUCCCCCCGCCCCACCCCCCCUCCCCCCCAGGCCAUGGCGGCCGGCCACAGCGGCAGCUCUCAGGGAUCCUACGGACAGUCCAGCCUUCAGCAGCUGGAGCAGCUAGUCUCCCCCGGACACGGGCCCAACACCAUGUCGGGUUCGAACCCGUACCAGCAGCUCAUGCAGCAGAGCUCCACCACCCCGGCCACCGGCAGCUCCACUCUACCAGGACAGCCUCUACAACAACAGCAACAGCAGCAAAAUGCAGCAGCAGCAGCAGCGUCGUACAGUUCCUCCAACUUCCCGACCUCCAUGGUACCCUCGACCGUUGCCAUGACGUCUGGGGUCCCGGGUCAGACCCCACCGGGUGGCCCCGCGGCCGGUCAGAGCCUCAUGCCUGGACAGAUGGGACACAUGCCGGCGGGGUACCAAACUCAGGGACAGCAGCAGCAGCAGAUGGGCAGCCGACCUCUGACCCCCAGCGGGCCGCUGAGCCCCAACCAGAGUGCGGUCAUGUCGGGUCAGACGGGCCUGGAGAUCCAGCGUCUGGAGCAGCAGUUGCAGCAGCUCAUGGCCAUGCCCCAGAGCCAGCAGGCCUCCCAGCAGAUGCUCGACAUCCAGGAGAGGCUGCGCAUCUUGAGAUCUCAGCACCAGCUUCAGAUGCAGCAGCAGCAACAACAGCAACAGCAGGCCCCGCAGAUGCGUCAGCCGGCACCACCAGUACAGCAGCAGCAGCCCCGGGGCAAAGUCAGAAUGCAACAGCAACAGCAGCAGCAGCCGCAGUUGAUGCCUACCCAGCCUGGACAGAUUCCUCAGAUCCGACCCAUGAGAGCCGGCCUCCCCCACUCCCACAUGCAACCCAUGCAGAUGAACGGCCAGACGAUACAGAUGCAGCAGCAGCAGCAGCAGCAGAGUCAGCAGUACAACAUGCCGGGGGCCAUGGCACCAGGGGGCAUGCAGCAGACGGCCGCCCUACACCAGUCAAUACCAUCACCGCAGAAGAUACAGCCCUUCCAG